UCUCGCUGCCAUCACUAAGCCGAGUCGUGUUAUGAUGACAACAAGAAUAUAUAGCCGCGGGACGGAAAAUAUCUGAGUCUUAAACCCUGCCUUUUUUGUUUAUUUUCACGCAAUAGCUCGAUUAGCUUAUUGCCAGCGCAUUCCCGGUCUUCCUCCUCCUCCAGCUCCCAGUGUGCCGCUUACCGACUGCCGCAGCCUGACAACCGCUACACAGUCUCCGGCAAGAUGCUACUACCACACUCCAGUCUGCUUAUCGACGUUCUCUGGAUUGUCAUCUUCAGUCCUGCUGGUGUGAAAUGUCUGAACGGCGAAAAAGAUCAGUCUCAAGACAUGGAGUGCAAAAUGAAAAGCGUUACGGUAUCCGCUUUGCCGUUUUUGCGAGAGAACGACCUAAGCAUCAUGCACAGCCCGUCGGCCUCCGAGCCCAAGCUGCUUUUCUCCGUCAGGAACGAUUUUCCGGGCGAGAUAGUCGUCGUUGACGACUUGGAAAAUACUGAGCUCCCGUACUUUGUAUUGGAGAUCUCUGGGAACUCUGAAGACAUCCCCCUGGUGCGCUGGAGGCAGCAGUGGUUGGAAAAUGGUACUUUGCUCUUCCACAUCCACCAUCAGGACGGCAGUCAGAACCUGCCUGGCCCGGCGGCCACCGCUUACCCCGCUAGUGACUCCGCCGAGGAGGAGCUUCGUAUCCUGCACAUCUCUGUCAUGGGUGGUAUGAUUGCUCUUCUGUUGUCCAUCCUGUGCUUGGUGUUGAUCCUGUACACUCGUAGACGCUGGUGUAAACGUCGCCGUGUGCCUCAGCCACAAAAGAGCGCUAGUGCUGAAGCAGCCAAUGAGAUUCACUACAUCCCCUCUGUGCUGAUGGGUGGACAGGCCCGGGAAAGUUUGAGAAAUUCACGCGGGCAGGGUCACAAUUUGAGUGGCACCCUCAGCAUCCGUGAGACUCCGAUCUUGGAUGGGUACGAGUAUGACAUUACAGACCUACGCCACCACCUGCAGCGGGAGUGCAUGAAUGGCGGUGAGGACUUCACCAGUCAGGUGACACGUACGCUCGACUCACUUCAAGGGUGCAAUGACAAAGCUGGCAUGGAUCUCACUCCAGGGAACGAUAGUACAAAGCUGUCCCUAAUGAGCAAGUACAAGGAUAACAUCAUAGCUACCAGUCCUGUCAACAGCAACCACCAGCAAAACACGCUCCUCCCACACAACACCUCCACCAACCAGCGCAAGCGUCUGUCCAGCAAAACGCAUGCGGGUUCAACUUUCCUGAACCCGGACGGGGACUCUGGGACAGAGGCGGACAGUGAGCCGCAGCUGACCUUCUACACCGACCCAAACCGCAGCCGCCGUCGCAGUCGAGGUAUGAGAAACGGUAACGUCAACACCGUGUGGGGCUCCGGGGGUUCCCCACGGAGCCCUAUCAACAAGACCACCCUGACUUUGAUCAGCGUGGUGAGCUGUGUGAUCGGCCUGGUCUGCGCGUCUCACCUCUCCUGUAGCCUCAACGUCAGAGUCAUACUCCACGUUCCAGAGCACCUCAUAGCAGACGGCUCCAGAUUCGUUCUGCUUCAGGGCAGCCAGUUGGAUGCAUCUGAUUGGCUGAACCCAGCCCAGGUGCUGCUGUACUACCAGCAGAAUGCCAGUGGCCCCUGGGUCAAUGAUUUGUGUGGCCGCCGCCUCUUGGACCCCUGUGAGCACCAGUGUGACCCAGAUACAGGAGAAUGUCUCUGUUUCGAUGGCUACAUGAAGGACCCUGUUCAUAAGCAUCUAUGUAUUCGCAAUGAAUGGGGCCCAAAUCAGGGCCCAUGGCCCUACACAAUUUUCCAGCGUGGCUUUGACUUGGUGAUGGGAGAGCAGCCAUCUGAUCGCAUUUUUAGAUUCACAUACACUCUUGGAGAAGGCAUGUGGCUGCCACUUAGCAAAAGCUUUGUCAUUCCUCCAGCUGAGCUGGCCAUCAACCCCUCUGCUAAGUGCAAGACAGAUAUGACUGUCAUGGAGGACGCCGUGGAUGUCAGGGAGGAGCUGAUGAUUUCUUCGUCCUUCGACAGUCUGGAAGUGCUGCUCGACUCUUUUGGUCCGGUGCGCGACUGUUCAAAAGACAAUGGAGGCUGCAGCCGAAAUUUCCGUUGCAUCUCUGAUCGCAAACUGGACUCCACCGGCUGUGUGUGUCCUCCUGGUUUGAGCCCAAUGAAGGAUGGCAGCGGUUGCUAUGACCACCACAUUGGCAUUGACUGCUCUGACGGCUUUAAUGGGGGCUGUGAACAGCUGUGCCUUCAGCAGCUGGCACCUCUGGAGGAGGACCCUACUCUCUACAACAUCCUGAUGUUCUGCGGAUGUAUUGAAGAUUAUAAGAGAGGAGCAGACGGUCGCUCAUGUCAGCCGCUGUCAGAAGCCUGCACUGAGGGAGUGGACUGCGGGGACACAGCUGACAUCCCGGCCAACCAGACUGUGUUUGGGGACCUCUUCUACGGCUACAAUAACCACACCAAAGAGAUUACAUCAGGACAGAUCCUUAAGGCUUCCUUCAGGUGA